GCCCCUGAGCGCAAGAUCCAGGCACUGGAGGACCCCGAGCCCGAGUUCCUCGACUGCGGAGACACAGGACGCCUCGAGGGACUCCCCCUCGUGGCGGUGCUGGCGGGGUCAGCCCUCGUUCUGCCCCUGGUGGACUCCCUGGCGAUGAGGAACAACACCCAGGUACCCGUGCAGCUCGCCGCGAAC